UGAGGGCGGCGGCGGUCGCUGUCAGUGGCGGCUGGGAUGUGACACGGGACUCGUACACCGCUCUCUUCUCUACUAUUAUGGCGCUCGCAGCUGUUAAUCUAGUGUCUGUGUGAUACUCUGAUUGUGGAUAGUAUAACAGAGUCUCUAGAGGAAAGUAUGGAGUCGCGAGAGGAACGGUAUAAGGGUGAGGAGAGUAGUGUGGAGGUGUCUGGGAGGGAGAUGGUGGUGGCACUUGGUGAUGGCAGCAGAGAGGGAGGAGGAGGAGGGAAAGAUGACCCCAAGAAUAGCAGCUCCUCCCUCAUGCUUGGCCUCCUUGAUGAGUUCACCAAGAUUUACUCUGAUCGUCUGCAGCGCGUGGAGGAGACGGCUAUGAAGUGUGACCAGCAGCAGUACUGGGAGAACAAAGUGCGUGUGUUGGAGUCGUGGGUGCGUGACCUCGGGGAGCAGAACGCAGUCUUGGUGGUCACUGUGGAGGAGCUGGAACGGGAGGCAGCAGACCGUGUGGCACUCUUGGAGGACCGCCUUGCAAAGAUGGCCACCACCACCAGGGAGUCUUGCGUCUCUCUGCGAGACCAUCAGAUUCAGGUAUCGUCUCUAGUCACAGAUAAAAUUGGGUUGGAGAAGAAGGCUCAGAGUCUUGGAGAGAAGAUGCUGGCUCUGGAGAGACGGAAUGUGUGCCUCAAGGAGGAGAAUAAUAACCUACAAAGUGAUCUCACAAAUCUUGUGCAAGUAAUAACCCGUGCGAGACAGACGGGUCAGUGGGAAGCUGAUGAUUUAACGUUCUCAUGCGUGACGCCCGAGCAAGUGUUUGGGACAGUGUUAUCAUCCUCCAGAAGAUCAUCGCAGUCACUCAAGGAAAGUCAGCAUGACUACAUUCACCAAAUCUUUGAAGAUCGCCUUAGAAAAGAUAACUCAUCUUUGGCAAGUUCUUUCUCAAAUCUUCAAGAUGCAGACAGUGCAUAUGGAGGACGAGGGUCUGAAAAAGACCUGUUAAUUAUGAAAUUGAAGGCUGACCUGCGAAGUUUGCAGGCGACGCAUGAGGAAACCAACAGGCAACUGCUAGAGAGAGACAAGCAUAUUGCAGACUUACAGACACAACUGACAGAUACCCACCAUGAGCUAGCCUUAUCUCAGGCUGAAGUCAACAGUGUUAAUCACACAUUGCAAGAAGCACGUCACCGCAGUAGACAUGAAAAUGUUGAGAUGACCCGUAAGGAAGAAGUCAUUCGGCAUUUGCUUUCCAAACAAAGUGUGUUCAAGAAGGAUUCUACAAACACGUCUGUGAAAUCACUCUGCGAUUUGGACAAUGUUAUCACAGGAGAAAAUAAUGUUGAGGCACAACUCGGCAAGAAUAUUGAUGUGUUAGUAAGUCGUCUAGCCGAACUGGAAGAAGAGUGCCAACAAGUGCGUGACCAACACGCUGCACUCCAAAACACACAUGCUCUCUGUACCCCAACCAUCAACAUGCUUCGGGAACAACUUAAUAGAUCACAUCAGACCCAAGUGGAGUUGCGCACGGUACUAACAGCUGAGGUUGCCCAACGACACGAUCAAUUGGUUGCCCUCAGAGACGAGUUGAAAGAACAGGAGCAGAAGCAUCAUGAAACUCAGAUGCAGCUUCAACUUAAGACUGAGGUUAUAAAGGAUCUGAGGAAGGAAGUACGGGAUAUGAAGGAGAGGCAAUAUAUAGUUGAUGAUAAGAAUGCUUUAACCUCAUUGAAGGAAGGAGUGUACAGUGGUACGAAGGAGACCAAGUCAUCAGAGACACAGACGCAACAGGUAUUUUCAAGCAAGAAUGAAUCUUUGGCUGAAGAAACCAGUAGGUCUCCCAAUGGUUUCUAUUCACCAUCACAACCUUCACAAAUAUCAAAAUUGGAAAAUGAACUGGCGGAGAAAAGCGUGCUCCUACGAGAACUUCAGAGUCAUCUGGCUGCAUCUCGACAAGAAUUGCACCUCAAAGAUGAAACUCUUCAAAAGUUGGAGCUAAAGCUAGACUCGUCACGUCGUGAAGGAUGUCAGAAAGGAGAACGUAUGCAGUACUUAACUGGCCAGCUCACCAGCCUUCAGUUGGAAGUUGGUCGGACUCAUGGUCAAGCCGAGCAGCUUCGUAGACAGGUUGAGAAGAAAACAGAAUUGAUAGAGAAGAUGGAAUCUGAAAAUUCUUCCCUUACACAUCAACUGAAUGAAAAGUCUGCCACGCUGGAAAGAUUUCAAACUGAGCUUCUCAAAACAUCAACAGAUCUGGAAAGAAAAAGGAAGGAGGUGUCUGAGCAGAAGAUGAUGAUCAGGACACUCCAGGAGGCACUGGUGGCCAGUAAACGAUCGUGUGACGAGCUCCGAUCCCGCCUUGACAGUGACGUGACGGUCCGUGAGUCCCGAGCUGAGAGGCUGGAGAGGGAACUGAAGGACACGCAGUCUCUCCAUCACCACGCAUUCACCCAGCUUGUGGAGAGCGGUGGGCGAGUUGAGGUUCUGCAGGAGGAGAACCGAGCCCUCAGCCGGCGUGUGACAGCCCUCCAGCAGGACCUUGCACAUGCCCACAAGCAGGAGGCACGCCAGACCACCUACUGGAAAGGGCGGGCAGAGGACGUGACCCACAAGCUCUCUCUCUCACAGAAGGAGGUGCAGACUCUAGAGGAGGAACUGGCUGCAGCAGCGGAGGCCCGAGUGGACGCUGACAAGCAGGUGGAGGAGAUGCAGAAGAGAAUCCUUCAACAGCAACAGCGGCUAUCUCCACAUGAGACAAGCGAGAGUGUGGAGAGGCUCGGGGAGCAGCUAGAAGAAGCGGUGGCAGCCUUGACGGAGGCCAGGGAGGAGGCCCGGAGGAAAGGCGAGCAGCUGCGGCGAGCCAGACAGGACGCCGAUCAGCUCUCCGAUGCCCUGGGCUACGAGAAGGACCUCAACACCACCCUGCAUGACCAGGUGGAAGGGCUGAUGAAGGAGGCCACAAUGCAGGAGCACAAGGUUGGAGAGCUGCAGCAGGACCUCAGGAGAGUCACCCGUGACACCCAACACAAGGAUACCCAGUUGGCAUCCCUACAGUCUCAGCUGGAAGGUUUAAAGAAUCAGGUGUCCACAAUGGAGGACCUACUGGACGAGGAGCAGCGGGAGGUGGCUUCCCUCAGCGACUCCUUGGCGCAGGAGACCAAACACCUCCACGACGCCAGGGCCAGGUGUGACAAGGCGAUGAAGGAAGCAGCACGGGCAGAGGAGCAGGUAGCAACACUACAGCGGGAACUGCAAGAAGCGCAGGAGAAGAUUUCUCUGCAGGAACGUCGCAUCAGGGACAUGGAGAGUGAGAAAGAGAGAGAGGUGGCAGCAGUGGGGGAGCGUCUGAGGGUGGCCCAUGAAGAGAGUGUGAAGAGGCUGGAGGAUGCCCUGCUCACCUAUACCCACAUGCAAGCCCACGAUGAAUACCAGGUGGAGAGUCUGGAGGAGUCGCUGGCAGAGGUCGGGGGGCGGCUGGCAGAGUCUGAGGCGGCGGUGAAGGAGGUGGAAAAGGAGCGGGACUCCUUGGGACAACAGCUGGAGGAGGAGGCUGAGAGGAGGGAGAGCGAUGCCAGGGACCAUCACACUCAUCUUAUGAGGCUCACUGAGGAGAACUCUCUCUUGAAGACACGGCUGGAGGGUGUGCAUGAAGAGACGCAGACGUGGCAGCAGCACUGUGAUGACCUGGAGGAGAGGCAUUCCCUGGUCCUCACAGAUCACAGCCCCCACUACAACUGUCACCUGCACCAAGCCCACCUGGCCAAGGCUUUGCAACAGGUGGUGGCCCUUAAGGAGGCGUUGAAGUCGACGAAUUUGGAGAAGAACACAGCAGAGGAGGAGAGGGGCCAUGCCCACGAGCAAGUCCUCAGCCUUAUCAGGGAAUGUAACUCGCUUGAGGAACAGAUUCACCGUCUGGCUAAGGACAAGUGCCGGCUCCAGGAGCAGGUGUCUAGCCUUGAGGAUGAACUUCACAGGGCCAGGGAUGAUGCCCAGGAAGCCAAGGACCAGCUUGCCAUGAAGGUCGAGCAGCUGGUCGCCCUCGAGAGAGAACUCGAGAAUGCUAAGACAGUGGAAGGUGGUGAUGCUGGGUGUGGCAGUGGGGGACGUGACGGAGGGUGUGAUAAAGAGGAGUCCUGCAGGGAGGUGGUCAUGGCCCGCCGGGAGGCAUCUGCGGCCAGACGGGCACUGGUGGAGAGAGAAACCCAGGUCAGGAUGACUCAACUCAGGGUUACCGCCCUCGAGAGGUCACUGCAGCACCGCCAGCAUGAGGUAACAGGACUGGAGGAGAAGCUACAGGAGGCAGAGACAGCCACCCAACGCCUGGAGACAGAGGUGGUCCAGCUGCGGGCCCAGGUAACUACACUCAGCACCCAGCUCACCCACGCCCGCAGGCACACAGCCAAUUCUCAGCCUCAGGAGGACAAGGUGGACGCCCUUGAAGGAGAGGUUUCACGCUUGACAGGGCAGCUGGCCGCCAAGGAAGAACAGCUGAAGCAGGUAUCAGAGCGAGCGAAGCAGGAGACUAAGAAGACUGUGGACCUUCAGCAGGAAGUAACCGCCCUCAUCAGAUCACGUGAUGAAGCCCUUCGUAAGGUGUCAAGCAUGGAGGCAACAGUGGGGAACUCACAAGAGACCAUGGAGGCCACCAAGCUCAUGGAGAAGCUGUGGGAGGCACAGCUGGCCACCAUCGAGGAGGAGAUGGCUAGGCUGCUUUGUGAGAGUAACCAGCUCAAAGACUGCAAUGCUGCCCUUCACCAUCAGGUGUCGACGAGGGAAGCAGAGAGCGAGAACCUUCGUCGGCAGGUGAGGGCACGGGAGGCUCAGCUCGAGGAGCUCCACCACGCCAGGGAACUUCUAGCUAAUGAUGCCCAGGUGGUGGUGGCAGCAGUGAAGCAAUGGCUCCAUGAACAGAAGACGGCCAACACCAAACUUUCCAGCAAACUCCACCAGCAGAAUAAGCACAUCCUUCUCCUUAACACAGAGAAACAGUUUCUGGCAGAGCGGAACACCAGCCUCCAGAGGACCAAUCAUGACCUCUCAAUCCAACUCCAGGACCUCCGUGCCCGCCUUGGUCUCCCAGUCACACCUGCAUCACCUGAGAAGCUUGGCAGAAUGGAUGGUAUCCUACGUGGGCUGUCGUCUCCUCCCCUAGGACCGUGCCAGAGCCUUGGGAUGUCCCCCACCAGGCCACUCUCCUCCACUGCCUACCUCGAUAAUGUCCUGGGCCUUGUUACUCCACUGGAUAAUAAACACGAAGAUGUCCUCAGUACAUGCUCGUCAGAGGGGAGUAGCAACAGCAGCGGGUGUCAGGUGCCCGGGCCGGACCUCCCUGGAGCAGCACACCUGGACCGUUUAGCACACCUGGCCGACUCGCUCCUCAUUGCCUCCAGGAACAUCAGUCGGGCUUCAGGCAUCUUCUCGCACUAUAACUCUGGCCAAAUGACCUCGGCAACCUCCCUGGGCGAUCUCACAUCAACUGCCACCUUGGGUCACUUGAGGUCAACUCUGGCACUUACCAAGACUACAUCGUCAUCGGUGGGUAAUUUGACGUCCCUAUUCCCUCAAGACCGAAGAGACAAAGCUCAAAGUCCUGUAUCCAUACUAGGCAAUCGGGUCGGUGACUUGUGCACAUUAUCACCUGGGUCAAAGGUCAAAUGCCGGGGGACCGAGGUCAUCUUGGCUGCCCCAGUGAGAGAGAGGAGGUCAUCAUCAGUUCUUAUGUACAACAACAACGACAGCAUAGAGGAGGCAGAUGAGGAGGAAUCAUCCACUCUAGCAACUAACAAAACUGGUACACUCCAGGAAACGUCUAAUGCUUUUGACAAGUCAUCCAGAACCACGUCAUCCUCUUCCAGUCUCCUCUCGACGUCAUGUAGUGGCUCGCAAGGGUCAUCCAGAACCUCUCCAGCCUCCAGUGCAUCACAGGGAUCAUCCAGUACCUUGCAAGAGUCUUCCUGUAACAUUCAGGAGUCUUUCAGCACCUUACAAGACUCCUCGAGCAUCUCAUCAGUCACUACCAUACAACACACUUCCUCCAGCAUCGUAUAGGGGCUAUUUAAACUUUAAGGGUUGCUCAAAGCAUCAGUAAAGACUGACCAACCCUCCAGGAUGGGUGUUAACUAACACCUUUCAGGGGCCAAUUAGUUCCUGAUUUUGGGUGUAAUAGUUCCUCACUUAUAUUUUAAAAGGUGUCAAGAGUAAAGAAACGUCCAAAAUCCCCCCAACCUUCCAUGCCUCACAAGUGUAUUCCUCUAAGGCGUCGUCCCAAGUAACGACAGUGCUGCAUGAAACGGACAGGGACAGACACACACUUUUUCUUUUGCAAAUAGUGGCAGAUGACAAAACUGUCAGUUUGUGUUAUGCGACAGUACUGGGAAGACGGGAAUGAGCGUAGCUUUUCUGUAACUACAGUACACUUGGGUAAUUACACACACACACACACACAGCUCCCCCUCCCCAGUCAUUCACUGUGCAGUCUGCUAACUAACCAGCUUGUAUUCACAACAUUGAUGGAGCUACCACACAUAAACCAAAUACUGUACUGGAAUACAUACACUAAAUAAGAGCCAUCACACUCAUGACUGACUGAUGCCCAGUUGAACCAGGGACUCCAAUAUCAGAGAAUUUACCACGUUAAUCAUUACAUGUAUAAAUAACCAAUAACCUACAAAAAGUGUCAUGGUUGCCUAGUGCCUUAAUGGAAUUAAACUGAAAACUAUGUGUAAAUACUGUAUUUUGAUUUAUAAGUUGAUUGCAAAUUUAUUUAAUCCAUUUUACAGCUGUAUUUGUAAAUAAAAAUUGUAUAUCCGUUUGCAAGUCGUGAACAGCUAAAGUGUCUGCAAGACAGUACUGAAUGCACAUUCUUGACAUACUAGUAUAUACGUCUUUAAACAUCAAUUAUUUCAGCUGAUAACUUUUUAGAAUGUAUAGAUGUGAAUUUGUUGUCCUUUUUAGCUUAUGAGAUGUCAAGUCACCACCUCCAAGUGUAAACUCUUGGUUGAAAACCCAGAAAGUCUUGAUUAAAUCGGUUUUUGCAUUACAGCAGCACUAGUGUAGGAGGUGGCGGUCUAGGAAUCGGCACAUGGGUGGUCUUAAUUUGAGUUUGGUCCACCAGGCUGGACCAUUUGUCUUUGAUUAGCUUAACCAUUAUUAUCUCGGCUGAAAUGCCACGACAUGAACAUGCUGGGGUAGGAACAUGAAUGAUUUGACCCCUUUUUGGUUGAGUUAUAACUACAAAGUCCAGCUUUCGACCUACCUCUCCAGGUAGUUGUCGCAGACAUUUUGACCUCGCGCUCCAGACAGUUCAGUUGUCCACUACUGAACCACCUAUCUGGGAGGUUAAAAUGUGGACUUUUUGACCCCCUCCCCAGGCAGUUCAGCCAAGGACUGAACUGCCUGGAGGGGAAGGUCUAAAUGUGCACGACUUAAAUUAAAAGCUUUGAUUAUGAAACUCCCAAAUACCUAGUCAGCUUCAGUUUUAUCUUGUGUUCUUAAUGUUCAUAAAUGUUUCCACAAUUUGUAAGUGGAAAAAAACCUGUUGGAUAUACUGUAAAGGCUGAAAAAUUUUGUAAACAUAUUGUGGUCCAAAUAUUCUUUGCCUGCUUUUUUAUAAUAGGCAUUGUUACUUAAUCUGAAGAUAUUCUGCUAUUAUAGUGUAUAAACUGUAUAAUAAAUGUCGCUUACUUGUACAUAAAGAACAAAUUUGCUUAAUAUAUAUAUAUAUAUAAAUA